AUGAGUAAGGCCCUGGAUCGCAUCUUCCAGUCGCCUUUCAUGCGUAGAAUAGAGAGGGCAGAGCUUCCUCGGCAGUUCUAUCAACCAACGUUUGCCAUAUACAAUGGUCAGACUGACCCAGUAGAGCAUGUAAGCCAAUUUAAUCAGAGGAUGGCCGUCCAUUCCAGGGAUGAGGUGUUAAUGUGUAAGGUGUUUCCGUCCAACUUGGGACUUAUGGCGAUGAGAUGGUUUGAUGCCCUUAAGCCGAAUUUCAUAGAUUCCUUUAAACAGCUGACACAGGCUUUUGGUUCCCGCUUAAUUACCAGCAGUAGAGUUCCUCGGCCCCUAGAUUCCCUCCUAUCCUUGUCCAUGCGGGAAGGGGAGACACUGAAGGCCUACUCAAACAGGUACUGGGAAAUGUAUAAUGAGAUAAAAGGAAAUUACGAUAACGUCGCCAUUAGUACGUUCAAGAGGGGCCUGCCGACAGAGCACGGCUUAAGAAAGUCCCUCACUAGGAAGCCAGUCACCAGUGUGCGCCAACUCAUAGACAGAAUUGACAAGUACAAAAGGGUCGAGGAGGACCAACAGAUAGGGAAGGGUAAAGCGAAGGUUGUCCCUCAGGAGAGGAGGGACUUCAGGUCAGACCGCUUUAAUAGCAGUAACAGGCCGAGAAGAGACUACGCGGAACAGUCUGGAUCCAGUAGGGCACAGGCAGUCCAUGCUGUGUUCCGAGAACCAUUACACAAGAUCCUCGAGAAGGUGAAGUGUGAACCAUUCUUUCAAUGGCCGAACAGGAUGGCAGGUGACCCCUCGAAACGUAAUCAGAAUCUAUAUUGCGCGUACCACCAAGAGCUAGGUCAUACCACCGAUGAUUGCAGGAAUCUGAAAAACCAUUUGGAUCGGCUUGUCUAA